CGAGCGAGCAAGCCUUGGCCUUACAGCGAAAGAGCGAGCGAGAGACAGAGACCAAAACAACCAAAAUAAGUUACGUGAAAUUAUAAAUAAAAAAUAAGGAAAUAAACGCUCGGCGGCCGACCAGCCAGAUACAACAAAGCAACGCUCCAAAAAACUGACACAACAUUCUAGUUUUUGCCUCGUGCUAUGUGAGCAACUUCAAAUUGAAAUCGGAUCGGAAAUCAGUGUGCGGGUGGUGUGCUAAUUAGCGGAAGACGGCAAUUUAUUGAACGCGAAAAAAAACGCCACAAUCCAACUUCUAUUUCGACACGACACGCCAAAACCCCAAAUUAAAUCGCCGUCGAAUUGCCGUUCAUCAAAUGAAUGUGCUAAAAGUGCAAUAAAUCAAUGUUUUGGGAGCGGCGGAAGAAGCAAAGAGACGGAAGCAGCGCCUGCAGCAAUAGCAAAGAGAGCAAGACUUAACGGGACACCCGAAUCUUAUAGGCACUACGAUAUUCUCACACUAGUUCUAGUUCUAGUUUAAUAGCUCGAAAAUGGACGAGGUCUUCAGCCUGCACAUGGAAAAGCUGGACGUUUACGACGUCCUCCUCUUGGCCGGCAUCCUCUCCGUGAUAAUUCUGAUCUGUAUUUAGUUUAAAUUUGUUUUGAAACUAACAAAAAUGCUGCAGGAAACGCAGCGACGCAGAUGUUGUUUUGUUGUGAAAUUACACGAAAAACGAACAGCUGUUCACUUGCCCCCGCAGUGUUGGAAAGCGCGCGGCGUACACUGCCCAGCAAACAACCAGUUCGCGGUAUUAUUAAAUUAUUUGAAAAACUAAAUUCAAAAUAGCCUUGAAAUGUUAUUCAAAAAAACUGUCAACAACAAGACACCUAUUUUUCGGUUUGCUCAGACUUUGUUUUAUUAUUUAUCAACUGUUUAUACAAUUUAUUUGUAAAGACUGAUUUCUUGUACGUAGAUGUAGUCUAAUGCAAUAAAAUUAAAUGGAAUGUAAUACGUAACAGUCAAUAAAUGUUUUGAAUAAG